UGGCAAGUUCUUAGAGGGAUCUCACACCUAACAGAGGCAAGGUAGGCAACCUUCAGAACUGCAGCUGCUCUUACAGACAUAAUACUUGCAAAGCAUCAGGGGAGAUGUAGUCCACAACAUCUGGAGUGCGAAGGCUGCCUAUCCCUGCUCUACGAAGGACAUUGGGAACAGGAACCCAAAGUAACUGCACUCAUAGCCGGUCAUGGCAGGGAAGAACGGGGACGCAUUCAGUCCUGCAGCUGAAGAGGGACCUAGUGGGAUUAUUAACAAAAUACUUCCCAAGAUGAUCACCCAAGCCACAGCAAAAGACUGGUUUGACCGGCGCCGUGCGCACAUCCGCCCGUGGAGUAACUUUGUUGACCAGCGGCGCUUUUCUCGCCCAGGGAACUUUGGGGAUCUGUGUAAGCGUGUCACCAGAAAUGUGGAACAUUUUCAGAGCAACUACAUCUUUAUCUUUAUGGGGCUCAUCAUGUACUGCAUCAUCACCUCUCCCAUGUUACUCAUUGCAUUAGCUGUGUUUUUUGGGGCCUGUUACAUCAUCUACUUGAAGACCCUACAGUCUAAGAUCGUCCUGUUUGGUCGUGAGCUUAGUAUGGCAAAUCAAUAUGGCAUUGCUGGAGCGGUAUCGUUCCCCUUUUUUUGGCUAGCUGGUGCUGGAGCAGCGGUGUUCUGGGUUCUGGGAGCCACUCUUGUGGUGAUCGGGUCCCACGCGUCUUUCCAUGAAGUGGAGGGGGAUGUUGAGGAGCUGCAGAUGGAACCAGUUUAAUAGUCUCUAGAUGGAAUGUCCUCCUUUUUGGGCAGUAUUGGGGUUCCCUUGCCAAUUUCCCAUUCCCCUUUCAAUAUAACCUUUACUGUUCCAACAGGGAACUUUCUAUCCGCAGCAUUUGCACAUAUUUAAUUCCAUGUAUCAGUGACAGUUGGCAAGAAGCUGCGUUUCCCUCUUUAAUUGAGACUAGCCAAACCUGAUGAGACUACCAGCUUUACAACAAAGUUGUGGCUUAAGCCAGCUUCUGGAAACUGCGUUUUGUCCCCCCACCCCCCCCUACUC